GAUAGAUGGGUUACAUGGCGAGAACAUUCCUAAUGAUAAGACUGUUUAUCAAACAAACACCGCGAGAGGAAGCACGAAUAAUGGAGCACAUAUUGCAUGUCUUAUUGGUAAUUUCUUUGGCGUCGGCGACAUUAAAAUUUGAAGUUCACGAAUGCCAGACUACAGCAGAACCAGUGCUUCGUUUGCACAAUUUUAGUAUCAGCAAUGAAACCAUUGUUAUCCCGGUUUUGGAAACGAUUGAAGUUGACGUUCAGUUUCUAAAGCCAAUCGACGUAGGACACACAAUAGACUUCGUCUUACAAAACGCGUAUAUAACGGCUGGGUUCAAGCGUCAUGCUUGUACAGCUAUGGAUCAUGCUCUUUUCCUGUCUAUGUUGAUGUUACUGGGUGGGGAUGUGGAGACGACUCCUGGACCGCCACGUUCACAAAAACAACGGACUUAAUCGUUCGCUGAAACAGUAGCAAGGCCUACAGAGACGACCGCAACGCCCGCGAGUGCAUGGGACGCUCAGUUAAACA